UAAAAAACUAUAAAGGUGGAUGUCAUAUCACUUAUUUUUAAUUUUGAUUACAUAAAAUAUAGGUUAAAGCUUGAAAAAUCGAAGACUUAUCUAACAAAUUUGUCUUGAAAAAAUGGCUUCAAGAACAAUUUUAAAGAGAACAACUGGAAUAACGGGAUUAGAAGUUGCAACAAAUCCACAUCACACGUUAAAUGUGUUAUAUGGCAAAAUUUUACGAGCUUUACAAAAAAUGCCAGAAAGUGCUGCAUAUCGCAGAAGUACUGAAGAAAUAGUUAAAAGUCGUGCGGCUAUUGUAAAUAGCUCUAACGAUGUAGCCACUAUUGAAAAGCAAAUUAAUUGUGGACAAAUAGAAGAAGUUAUAUUACAAGCUGAAAAAGAAUUAAUAUUAACUAGAAAGAUGUUAGGAUGGAAACCAUGGGAGCCACUUGCAAAAAAAUCACCACCUGAUCAAUGGGUAUGGCCACCAAUAACACCAGUUAAACAAGCUUAAAAUGGUUGUCAAAAUUUUACCGUUAUAUUUACUGUAUAGAUAUUUAAAAUAAACUAGAUACAAAAUA